AUGCCUAGACUUGUCACUCCCUGCAAGGCCAACGCCAAUCUUCUGAAAUAUGAUGGAUAUGGAAGUUUCGUUACCUCCCUCCGAGAGAACCUAAACACUGGCCGUGAAGUUCUGCAAUUUGCGUGUGUCAGUGCACAAGACUUCGAGGCCAUUUCGUCCGAUAAUCAUAGACCCCUGAUGUCUGCCAAACUCUCCUAUGAUUUUCUCACUGGGGUCUUAACUGUUAAGAUGCCGGGUUUUGCCCACGAAACUCUAACGGGCUUAUUCAAGGCAAUGGUCGACAAGAAACUGAUCAUGAUGGAUGUAUUCGAUGAGACCACUCCACGAGCCUCGCCUCUGACCGUCAUGGGCAACUUAGCUAAGGAGCCGGACGCCUGCUGGGCGCCUUAUUCCACCGAUGAUUUGACCGUGGUUCUGGAAGUUAGGGCAUCCGAGUCAACGGCGCGACUGGCGGUGGACGCCAGGGGGUGGUUGGAAACCCCCGGGUCGACCGUCACAACCUGCAUAACAAUAAACCUCAGCCGGGAGAAUAAUAUCAUCAUCGAGGUGUGGCGGCUCGGCACAAGGGUAUAUGCAGUUUCAUCCAGAAGCUCCCCCUCCCCUGCCGUACGAGUGCAACACGUCGAGAUUCUGAAUGGAGAAGCAGGGUCCACUAUACGCGGUUGGAAGACCGACCGAUCCACCAAUACCAUCCCGACAGACAAGAUCCAGCUAGAUUUCAACACCUUUGUUGGACGGCCCGCUGCGACCGAUCUCGAAUGCGACAUCGUCAUAGACAAUAAUCUUCUAACGGCAUUCGCCUGCAGAUUCUGGGAUCUGCAAAGCCGGCGUCUGCAAGGAUAA